CCACCAUGAAAUCCAAUAGAAAUACCAGAUUACGUGGGACCCAUUUCUCUCUAUAUAAUACAGACGAAUAUCACUUCUUUUGGUUUUGUUUUGGCCAUAUUAAAUUCUACUGGUGACAGAGACCAAUAAUCUUACUUGAAAGCCAGGCAAGAGCGCCAAGAUUCGAUCGCAUAAUCAAAUUAUAGUGGUGCCGUGAAUCGAUCGCACGACGCUACGUUACAGAAUGGCAAAUUUCUCGCGGUUUGUACCUGUUUUACGAAGAGCAUUGAGUGGGAGGAGGUCACGCGAUCGAUUCCUGUCAAGCGUGGCGCAGAAUGCAGGGGAAGCGAGCGGGUACCACUUGGGGAAUGGGCCUUCGAGCAUGAAGGCGGCGGUGUUUUGGGAGCCUGGAAAGCCCUUGACAUUUGAAGACUUCCACAUGCCCCGCCCCAAGACUGGGGAACUUCUUAUAAAAACUAAAGCAUGUGGGGUGUGCCAUUCUGAUCUUCAUGUCAUGAAGGGAGACUUGGCUUUUGCAAGGCCUUGUGUUGUGGGCCAUGAAAUAACAGGAGAGGUAGUUGAGCAUGGAGCACAUACUGAUUCUGUCACACUUAAAAGAUUUCCCAUUGGGUCUCACGUUGUAGGAGCUUUUAUAAUGCCUUGUGGAAACUGCUUUUAUUGUGUAAAGGGACAAGAAGAUCUCUGUGAACCAUUUUUUGAUUACAACAGAGCUAAAGGAACACUGUAUGAUGGCGAAACUCGCCUAUUUCUCCGCAGCAAUGGCAAGCCUGUCUACAUGUAUAGCAUGGGAGGACUUGCGGAGUACUGUGUAGUUCCAGCCACAGCAUUGACUAUUCUUCCAGACUCAUUGCCAUAUACUGAGUCGGCUAUUCUUGGAUGUGCUAUUUUCACAGCAUAUGGUGCAGUUAAACAUGCAGCUGACAUGCAUGGAGGAGACACAGUUGCAGUCAUUGGUGUUGGUGGGGUAGGAUCUAGUUGCUUGCAGGUAGCUCGAGUAUUUGGGGCUAGCAAGAUAAUUGCUGUUGAUGUUAAAGAUGAAAAGCUUGAGAAUGCCAAAAAGCUAGGAGCAACCCAUACUAUUAAUGCAUCGAAAGUGAAUGUUGUAGAUACAAUUAAGGAAAUUACUGGGGGCAGGGGAGUUGAUAUUGCUAUGGAAGCGUUGGGAAAACCAGGGACAUUCAAGCAGACUGUACUCAGUGUACGGGAUGGUGGGAAGGCUGUUUUGAUUGGGCUUGCACCCUCUGGUGUUACAGCAGAGGUUGACAUGACACGGCUUGUUCGCCGUCAGAUAAAAAUAAUUGGAUCAUAUGGAGGUAGAGCAAGGCAGGAUCUUCCAAAGUUAGUAGAGCUUGCAGAAACAGGCAUCUUCAACCUGGAAACUGCUGUUUCAAGGAAAUGUACAUUUGAUGAAGCUGAAGCUGUUUAUAACGCUCUUGACAGAGGCGAAAUUAUAGGUCGAGCUGUGGUUGAGAUUAUGUAACCAAAGUCCCAGAUUAAAUUUUUUAAAGAUUAAUAAACUUCAUGUUCAUUUUUAGAGGGUGAAAGAAAAUUGACGUGCUUCGGUGAUUGAAAAAUAAUGCCGAUUAUGGGUGAUCCUCAAAGUUGUUGAUCCUACCCCAAAUAAGCAAGACUACAUAUAGUAGAGCAAGGAAAGCACAAUAAGCGAUUUUUGUAUAUACAUCUCAUUUUGUUAGGGACUCGUGUACCCUACAUUUAUCUUAUGAUUUAUCAGUGUUACACUGAAAUAAUACAGGAUGGGAAAAAUGUUGACCAUUAAUGGUUCCUUGCUCAAGUUACAUGUUCUUGUUGGAUGCACCUAUCAAUUUUGGGGUGAUUGUGCUCAGAUGCGGCUCUUUUAAAUUCCAUAUUCAUUGAAAUUCCA